AUAGUGAAGCUGUCUCCCAGUUGGUUGGAUCCCACACAAACCAGUUCGGCAAGCUUCGAUGAGUUCGCCAACUUCGAUGACAGUAGCCCUGUGGCCUUCCAGGACAACCGACGCGUGACGGCGAUGGUGGUGGGUUUGCCGAACUGCGGCAAGAGCACCCUCAUAAACGCGCUGCGUUGUUUUACGCCAACGUCAACUCGUCGGAAGUCGGCUGUCGGAGUGGGUCGGAUGGCGGGCCUGACGAGGUGUGUCGGUGGGCCAGUGGUCAUCGCGCAUCAGCACCCAAUCCCGUCGGCGGACGGCGUUACUCAGGAGUGUUGCACCGUGCGGAUGAUCGAUACGCCGGGAAUUCUGGAGCCGAAGGCACAAACUCUUUGUGGUCAACUGAGUCUGGGCGUUUGUGGGGCGGUGGAUUGGGAUGCUGUGGACAAAACUGUUAACCACAAACCGCCUUACAAGUACGCUGUUCCAACAGGCCGAUCCAUUGUCAUCUAUAAAGCUUCUGCUGAUACAAAGCACAGGAGGAUUGCUGGCUUUUCCAAUGUGGUUACAUCUUGCCAUUUUCGUCCUGAUGGGAAAAUGCUGGUCGGCGGUGAGGAGGGUGGUUAUUUGCGCUUUUGUACCACAGAUCGCAAUAAGUACCAUUUGCGCACAUUCCAGGCCCACGAAGGUGAUGUAAUCUAUGCUGAUUUCCUCAGUGAUGGAUUGAAAGCUGUUAGUCUUGGUGCUGAUGGUUUAGCCAAGGUUUGGGACGUUUCUGUGGGUGAACUCCAUUCACAGUUCCGUAUCAGCCAGAGUGGGGAACCUCCAAGUAAAAUGGCAGUGGGUAAGGUUGACGGUAACAUAUUUUGUACCGGCGACUUCAAGGGCACAGUCGCCAUCUACGAUUUGAGGCAGUCAAAACCGACGUCCACAUUCUCUUUGCGUGGUCCUGCGUCGGCAUUACAUCUUGCCUGCGAUGACAAAGUCCUAGUGGCUGCAGCCGAUCAGUAUGUGUACAGUUGGGAGACACCAACAGGAAAGCCUUACCUCCAAUCAAAUCUCGACGUCACUGACACGACAGUGCAUCCUGGUAGCUACAUGCACUACAAACUUGUCAUGGGUCUUACUGUUAUUAAAUGUCCUGAUGUUCAUCAGGAUCCUCUCUUACUGUCCAUUGGAAUGGACAAACUCCUGCGCAUAACCAGCCUCAAUACCUUCCAAGAAUUUCAUCAAGAACGACUUGUCUCCGCUUGCACAGCCCUAGGUGCCUUUCCCGACCUUUGUCACGUUGUCGUUGGUUGUGAGAACGGACUCGUGCGAACAUUCGCCUUCACAACUCCGACACAAAUUUUCCAGAAAGCGUCCCAAAAGACGAAGAAAACAUUAGCUGUUGAUGAACCCUUUGCAGUCGUGGAUCCUAGUCUGAAGUCUCUUGUUUCUCGCUUUUCUGGUAAAUGGCGCGGAAUAAAUCUAGACGAGGGGGACAAGAACCUCACGACAGACGAGUGGUUGAGUAGAUCGGAGAAAAACCGUCCUCGUAUCGCACCAAAAGACUGGGGUUUUGAAGGUCCGCGCGCUCCACUUAUUCAUGAAAGCACGACGAUUUCGUGUGUUCCUCGGUCCAAUAAGCCACGAGAAGCGGCUCCAGUGGCCCAGAUCACCUCGAACCUGCUGCGGUUCCAUCACUCCAAAGCUCUGAGCGACGCGUUGCACGUUCGCCAGAACCUCCGCAAGCGCCACAGCGACCUCGUAAAUGUGCCCUCUUACACCUACCCAGUCGCUGUGGUGCGCGAAUUGUGCCGACGAGGCACACUGACCGCCGCAGUGAGUGGGCAGACUAAGGAACAGUUGAAUUACCUCCUCCGAUUUCUCCGACAAAACGUCUGGCUCCCACCAGCCACGCCUACCUGUCUCCUAAUCUUUAGGGUCAUCAAAAAAGUCUACAGUGACUCGCUGCUUGCAGAGAGUGAAGAAUACGCGAAGCUAUGCAAAGUGCUUAAUUGCAUGUGGCAGAACUCACAAACUGUGAACGCUCUCUCGGCUAAAAUGAGAGCGAUUCUUUACCCUGAGAUUGCUGCGCUUGAAGAAGCUGUGGUCACCACGACGACGACGUCAGCGAAAGGCCAGGAGCCAGACACGGUAACUGAGAAUGAAAACCAAGUUGACUCUGUUAAAGUGACGCCCUCCAAAAGAUCGUCGAAACGGACUGUCAAGAAUGACAAGUCGCGAUCAAUUUCUGACCACGAGUCGUCUGUGCUUGCAGACGUCGAAGCUGCGACAACCACGACAAAAAAGCUGCAGCUGGAAAAGGCAACUGAGAAUGAAAAUCAAGUUGACGCUGCCAACGUGACGCCCUCCAAGAGAUCGUCGAAACGGACUGCCAAGAAUGACAAGUCGCGAUCAAUUUCUGACCACGAGUCGUCUGUGCUUGCAGAUGUCGAAGCUGCGACAACCACGACGAAAAAGCCGCAGCAGGAAAAGGCAACUGAGAAUGAAAACCAAGUUGAUUCUGCCAACGUGACGCCCUCCAAGAGAUCGUCGAAACGGACUGCCAAGACGUCUGUGCCUACAGACGUCGAAACUGCGACAACCCAGACGAAAAAAACACAGCCAAAAACGGUAACCGAAAAUGAAAACCAAGUGGAGAGUGCAGGCGCAGCGCCGCCCAAAAGGCCACCAAAACGAAGCUCCAUCACGGACAAAACGGAAAAGUCGCCAGCCUUGAAAAAGCGUCGAAAAUGA